AUGGGUGAUCACGACAACCAAGACGAUCUCGCUGCGGCUAUGGCACUCAUGCAGCAGCAGAUGCUGCAGAUGCUUCAAACCAUGCAAGCGCGGGAACAAGCCGCUCAGCAAGCAACCAAACACGCCGCACAACAACAACAACAGCAAGGUGUUCUGGUAGGAGAGAGGAAUCUUCCUCGUAAUUUUCCUGCUACUUGCUCUGCCAUCAACCCUCCUCCAUUUCAGAGACAUGACUUUGAGAUCAAACCCGCUUUCAUCAACCUGGUGCGGAGGAAGAUGUUCAAUGGUCUCCCAGCGGAAAUACCGAUGGAUCACAUCGAGAACUUUGAGAGAGUUUGCGGAUUUACUCGAGCGAACGGUGUGUCACCAGACUACAUCAAGUGCACACUGUUCCCACUCUCUCUUGAUGGGAAAGCCGCCAGAUGGUUAGACUCUCUUCCAACCGACUCUCUAACAACAUGGGAGCAGGUUCGAUCAGCUUUUCUGAGCAACUUCUACAAGAAGGAAAAAACUCCAGCCUUGAGGAACAAAAUCUCCACGUUCAAGCAGAUCCAUGAUGAGCCCUUCUGUGAUGCAUGGGAGUGUUUCAACAACUACCGCAUGGAAUGCUCCCACCAUAGGUUCGAUAACGACUAUCUAUUGGGAGUGUUCUAUGAUGGAGUGAUCUUAGAAAAGCGAAACCAGCUUGACUCUUCGAGUAAUGGAGAUUUCAUGACUCAAACGACUGAAGGAGCCUUUGCACUGAUCAAGAACAUGGCUUCCAGCUCAGCUAAUAAGAACCCAGAGGCUGACUGCUCCACGAAGGUCAACAGCGUUGACACAUCAAAGAUAGACGAGCUGUCAGCUAAGGUGGAUCAGUUAAUUAUGAUCAAUCAGAAUCAUGUUUUCAUUAUGGAGGAGUCAUCAUUAGAACAAAGCACCAAAGACACUGCAUCAGACACAGACAAGCCCGCAGAAGAUCAGCAAGAGGUCAGCUAUGUCAAUGGGCAAGGAUGGCAGUUUAACAACUAUCACUCGAACCCCAACGUGAGGAAAAAUCCACAUAUGUUCAAUCACAACAACGGAGCGGACAACCCUGCUGACAAGACACAUAACACGGGUUAUCAGAAAUUCUACCCUCAAAUUUUUUUAGGACAAACCUUUGUACUCAACAGCUCAGGGAACCAACACCAGACCCUAAAACCAUAG